ACUUUCAGUUGAUCAGCAGUUCAGUUCUCUGCUCUGUCGUGCAAUAAUAAAUUAAUAAGUCUUUCGAGUGAUUCGACUCCUGAGAGAAGAACGUCUACAGUAAAGUUCAGCAACUUCACCUGACUUUAUCAUGGCUGUCAAAACUGGUUAUUGGAAUAUUCGUGGGUACAUGCAACCCAUUCGACUUCUUUUGGCCCAUGCCGGGGUUGAGUAUGAGGACAAGCGAUAUAAUGUUGGACCGGCUCCCGAUUACGACAGGAGUGAGUGGUUUAACGACAAAUUUAACCUUGGUCUGGAUUUCCCGAAUUGUCCUUAUUACAUUGAUGGAGAUGUCAAGCUUUCACAAACUUUUGCCAUUCUGAAGUAUUUGGGGCGCAAACAUAACAUGGCAGCCAAGAAUGAGGAGGAGCAAAUAAGAAUGGACUUGAUAGAGGCAGAAGCCAUUGACAUGCGUACAAAGUGGUCAACACUAUGCUACAUUGCUGAUUUUGAAAAAAUGAAACCAGAAUACUUGAAAAAUGCCCCAGUGAAGUUAAAAGAAGUUUCCACCUUUCUGGGGAGUCAUCCGUAUUUUGCAGGACAGAAUAUUACAUACAUUGACUUUGUAAUCUAUGAGUUGUUGGACCAGAACUCUCAAUUGAUUCCUGGGUUACUUGAUGAAUUCCCUAAUCUGAAAGAAUUUCAAGCCAGAAUCGCAGGGCUAGAGAAAGUCGCGGCCUACCUUAGUUCGGAUAAAUGCAUCACGUAUCCAUUAAAUGGACCUACGGCCCACUGGGGUGGAAACUAAACAAAUGUUUCAUCUAUGGUACACACCACUUUCUUGUUUCUUCUGUGAAUUUAAUCUUUUUUUUUUUUGGUAGAAUUUACGAGAUAAAUUUGUAUUAUAAAGUUAUUCAACAUUCCUUGUUAAUGGGCAAUACAACGUUAACGA